GCUUUAGAAAACAGAAUCGUACAGUAAUGCCGUGAGACGAUUAGGCACGGUUACCAACAACGAUUCCAGUCGAGGAAUUUUCCCGACGAAUUUUCGUUCCAAACUUCUGAUUCUUACUUUCUUCCGAUUCUCCUCUCACUGAUUCGCCGGAAUUUGAAGAACCCCAAUGAUUUCUCUAGCUUAUGCUUCUCUAUCAUCCUCCCCUUCCAAUUUGUCUUCUCUGAAGCUUCGUCUCCCCAGACCGCCUUCCACCUUCUCAACAUCCCUCUCCAAUCUCAAAUCCUUAAAUCCUUGCGACAAAGCAGCUUCCGACCAGAAGAGGAUUGGGAAUGGGGUUUGUAGGGCGGACUUGGGGAACGACGGGCCUUUUGCCGUUGCGAUCGGGGCCUGCAUUCUCAGUUCGUUUGUUUUUCCGGUAGCUGGCGGUGGUUCCGAUGAUGAGAGCGAUGCCGUCAUUGAUUCCACCGAUACCAGGUUCGCUGUCAUGGGUAUCAUUAGCUUUAUCCCCUACUUCAACUGGCUGAGUUGGGUUUUUGCGUGGCUUGAUUCUGGGAGAAGGCUUUAUGCUGUGUAUGCACUCGUGUAUUUGGUCCCUUAUCUAAGGUCAAAUUUAUCUCUAUCCCCUGAAGAGAGUUGGCUUCCUAUUGCCAGUAUACUUCUCUGCAUUAUUCACAUUCAGCUUGAAGUGAGCAUUAGAAAUGGAGAUAUCCAACCCUUCCAAAUAUUUGGAAAAACUUCCAAGAAAAUUUCUUCAACUACAAGAGGGAGAGACCAUUUCAAGGGGUCCCAAGGACCACCCGAAGAGAGUGGAGAAAAAGAGGACAUGAAGCUGCCAUCAAUUCAAGAACAAUUAAGAGAUGAGAUUAGAAGAUGGGGAGAUUCUAAAGAGACAUUAGAUCAUGAACAAUCAAAUGGAGAAUGGGAUGAUGAACAGAGGAGAAAACAUUAGGUGCUAUGUUCUAACUUUACUCUGCUUCUGGUGGGGGGAUACAAAAACUGUUAAUUCUGAAGUUGUAUUCAUGUUUAUACAGCUUGAAAAUUAGUUUUUCCUUCUAAUCUAGCUUUUUUUUUUUUUUUCUUCUUUCUUGAGAUACAACAUGUUGGGAAAGGGAUUCGAACUCACAAUCUCUUGGUUGGAGGUCUAUGCCAAUUACUAUUGAGCUAUACUCAUUUUGGCUCCUUCUAAUCUAGCUUACACAUUCUUAAGAACUCUUGCAGUUGUAGUGCUAAGCCUAGUUAUCUCAUCUGUUUGGUCCGAUCAAUAUUAAUGGCAAUUUGUUAGAUUUCAUACUAA